AAAAGAUAAUAUCUCUGAGAGAUUUAACAUUUCUGAUAAGACGCAAAUCUUAUUUUAUCUUCAAAGCAAGCAAACGAAACAAAAUGUCUUCCCAAUCAGCACCAAUUGUGAACGAACGCGACCGCCAACUUGCCGCCGGCCACGUAUUCGAGAACGCUGACUCGAGCUCUACGCAAUCCUCUGUGCCCACCUUCACGAGCGCAUCCACCACAGCAAGCUCAACAUACCAAUCCGCAAAGGACACAGCCACGCAUGCAUAUCAAUCUGCAAAGGACAUGGCUAAUACUGCGUAUCAAAGUGUAAAGGAUGCUGUUGCAGGGAAUAAUGAGGCAGAUCCGGAUGAUGAAAUUGGUGUACUUUGAUGGGUAUCUUUAGGUUGGAUUUUUGUAAAUAUAUGGACACCUGAAAAAUAAGUUAUCGUUAGAGAGAUAUUUCUACGCAGAGGCGGAGAGUGCCCAAGUUGACAAUGACG